AUGGGUAACACACAAAAAAAACCAGAUCUCCUAGAUGUAGCUAUGGAUCUCAAGAUGACAGCUAGAUCACUGGAAAAGCAAUCUCAAAAAGUGGAGCAAUUAGAAAAAGCUGAGAGAAAGAAGAUUCUUGAUGCUAUGAAUAAAAACAACAUGGAGAGUGCAAAGAUUUUUGCAGAAAACGUCAUCAGAAAUAGAAAGGAAGCACUUAACCUGAAGAGAUUCGGAAUUAAGAUGGGAGCUUUGGCUGCUAAAUUAGAAUCAGCAUAUAGAACUCAAUAAAUCUCAGAGACCAUCUCGAAAACAGUUCCAAUGCUUCAUAAUUGCAUGAAGAAGAUGGAUACACUCGGGAUCGGUGCUAGCAUCUCUGAAUUUGAGAAUGUAUUUGAAUCUCUAGAUGUUAAAACUGAGGAGUUAAAUGGUGCUCUAGAGAAUGUCUAUGCUACCACUAUAGAUUAGGGAGAAGUGAAUAGUCUUCUUCAAGAAAUGAAAGAGGCUCAUGGUAUUGAAGUUGGCUCAGGUCUAUAGAAUGCUAACUCCAAUGGCAUACAGAACUCAAAUGCUCAAGUUAAUGACAUUGAUGAGAUGCAAAAAAAACUAGAUCAACUAAAGCAUAUGUGA